ACGUUUUGCCAUAGAGGGCGCCUUGGGUACACACAUUACUAAGCAUUAUUUUAGUUCAGUCGUAUGGUUGGUAGGUAGUAACUAGUAACAGCUUUUUUGUUAGUCUGCGGCGACGUUGAAACGAGUAGUUAGUGAAUGAAUGAAAGACUAAUUUGUUAGCAGUGUUUUCAAAGCUAGUGAAGUUGUUUAGUGCGAUUUGUUUUGAUCCGACAUGACAUCGGUUAAAGAUUUGACGAGGGAAGACGUACAAAUCGAACCGCCCUGUACCGAAAAUUCAGCAACAGAUCGCAAUUCAAGAUGUGGUUCGCCGAAACGCGGAACUACACUUUCAACUAGCACAAGUAGCUUCGAGGCGCUGGAUCCUCACGAUCCAAAUCUAAGUCGUUUAGCCAAUAUGAUGUUUAAAAAAACCGGUGAAUAUUUGCAAGAAGAACUAACUUCUACUCACGCCGACUAUCGCUUGUUAGAACGAUUAAACAAAGAGACGAUUGCGAAGUAUACCGAAUUGAAAACAAUAUCUUCCAGCGUAGCUCAAUCUUUAGAAUCAUUAAACGAAAAAUAUAAAAAAUUGCAACCGAUCUUGGAUAACAUCAACGAGAUUGACGACAGUGUAACUAAACUGGAACAAGCUGCAUAUAAAUUAGCAACGUAUGCCAAACGAUUGGAAGCAAAAUUUAAAGACAUUGAAAAGGAUACGAGAAACAAAUAAGUCUGUGAUACAUAACGUAAUAUAUACGAAAUAUAAGUAUAUUCAUAUACUGAACGUUACAAUAAAAGUGAGUUAAAUACUGGAAGAAAAAUAGGAUUGAAAUUUAUAACAUUUUUUGUGAUAAAUGGAUUUAUUUAAUUGUAUGUAUAUUUAUAUAAAUACUGUACAUAUUUGACUUUACAAUUACCGAUAUGUAAAGUGAAAAUUUGUAAUUGAUUCAAAUGUUAUAAUAUUCGUUGUUGAAUUAUGAAGAAAAUAGAGAAAUCUUUAUUUAUAA